CAGACCGCGUGAGAGAGAGGGGCAGAGGAGAAGAAUAAGACCCGACGCAAGCGCAACUCGCCUUCCUCCUCUCCUCCUCUCCUCUCCUCUUCCCUUUCGAUCCCCUCACCUCUUCUCUGAUGCCCUAGCUAGCUUCGCAGACACUGCAGCCUGCCUGCUCCGGGAUCCGUGCUCCUCUUCUUGCCCAUGAACGCCGCCGCAGCGCGGAGGUGAUAGAUGGUGAUGGCUAGCGCCGGCGUGAACAUGCCCGGCGGCGACGGGAACCCAGUCGCUGUGUCUCCCGCCACCCCGGAAUGCCGGCUGCGCAGGCGCCGCCGCCUCGCGCCCCCGCGCAUGGCCACGGUCACCGCGGGGCCCAACGAGGACCCCAACGCUGGCCUAAGCAAGGAGAAGAGGAUCCGCCCGGCCUCCCUGUCAUCUUCAUCAUCGUCGCAGGGCUCGCUGGAGAGGGUACAUGAGGAGGAAGAGGAGGAGGGGGAACCGCGGUCGCUCGCGCCGGCUGAGGCACCGGUGGCGGGGCUGGCUCCGCUGCCUGAGGCGCAGCCGGCGGCGCAGGUGUGGCCGGUGGCGUUCGGGUCGAUGGCGCUGUACGGGCGGAUGCGGGAGAUGGAGGACACCGUCUCGCAGCACCCGUCCUUCUGCACCUGGGCCGACGGCUCGCCCAUGCACUACUUUGCCGUCUUCGACGGCCACGGCGGAUCCCUUGUGUCAGUGCUGUGCCAGGAGCGGAUGCACGUGAUCCUGGCCGAGGAGCUCACGAGGGAGGCUGCGGCCUUGGUACACCGCCGGCAGCUGCGGCAGCAGCAGGCAGCGGCGGGAGCUGGGACGAGUGCCGCCGCCGGCGGGAGCGGCCGCGCCUGGGUGGAGCAAGAGGAGGAGGAGGAGGAGCACGCGUGGCGCGCGGCGCUGUCGCGCAGCUUCCGCCGCGUGGACGAGCUGGCGGCCCUGGCGUGCGCGUGCGGGCGCGUGUCGCGCCUGCGGUGCCGGUGCCCGCUGGCCGGCCGGCCGUCCGGCAUCGUGGGCUCCACCGCCGUGGUCGCGGUCCUCGUCGGCAGCCGCCUCAUCGUGGCCAACUGUGGCGACUCCCGCGCCGUGCUCUGCCGCGGCCCCGCCGGCUCCCCGCCCGUCCCCCUCUCCGACGACCACAAGCCGGAUCGGCCGGACGAGAAGGCACGGAUCGAGGCGUUGGGCGGUCAGGUGAUCUACAUCAACGGGCCGCGCGUGCGAGGGAUCCUCGCCAUGUCGCGGGCACUAGGGGACAGGUUCCUAAGGCCUGAAGUGAUCUGUGAGCCAGAGAUCACCAUAACCCAAAGGACAGUGGAGGACGAGUGCCUGAUCCUCGCCAGCGACGGGAUGUGGGACGUGAUCACGAACGAGACCGCCUGCUCCGUCGCCCGCCAAUGCCUGGAAGAUGGCGGCGCGGGUAGAGCAGCAGCAGCAGCAGACCUGGAAGACGGUGGCGCGGGUGCGGCAGCGGCAGUAGGCCCGUAUCCAGAGCCUCUCUGCAACAACGCCGCCGGGCUCCUCGCCAUGCUCGCGAUUGGCAGGGGGAGCUUGGAUAACGUUAGCGUCGUCGUCAUCGAUCUGCAGCGCAGGGGGUAGGCCAUUGCCAUUUCCAGUUCCAGGCUCUCUGAUCAUGCAACGAGUCUGGUGUCGUAGCAACCCAUGGGGUGGUGCCAUUGCGUUCCUAGUUUAACUAGCCUUUAUAGUAGCUCUGUUCGUCGUCAGAAAGAAAGCUCCAGUAGUGAACUGAUCGAUGCUGGAGGCCUGAAAGGAGGCCGUCGUCUAAACUUGAGAGUUCCUUUGUUCUUUCGAUUCUAGAUUCUAGUUCUUUUUCGGUUGGUUAUAUUAUAUUCGGUGCAAGAGGCAGAGAAAGAAAGUGGAUGGAAGAUUGCCAUCCAUAAAGAAAAAAGAGGAGGGAAAAAGGAAAAAAAGAGCAAUUGUACAGAGUAUUAUGCGACAUUAAUCUAUGUAAAUUAUUUGUUCCCAUUUCCUCA